GGAAGUUAUUUAAAGACGACACCGACACGCUGCUUUGUUUUGACUCUGGACAGUGGGAGGAAACGGAGACGCGGAGAGGGGGACAGCUGGAGGAAACCAGGAGGAAACCCGGAGGAAACCAGGAGGAAACCGUGUGUUUCGUUCCUGACGUCAACCCGACAUGUACUCGUGUGUCCCAGUGUGUUUUCUGCCGCUGGCUCUUCUCUCUCUGACUCCCGCUGCUGUCGCGAGAAGAGAGAGGAGAAACGUCCUCUUCGUCAUCGCAGAUGAUCUGCGGACGUCGCUGGGCUGCUACGGGGACCCGCUGGCGAAGUCGCCCAACCUCGACCAGCUGGCGUCCAGAAGCCAAGUUUUCCUCAACGCGUAUGCUCAGCAAGCCGUGUGCGCUCCCAGUCGAACGUCACUGCUGACCAGCCGCAGGCCGGAUACAACCAGGCUCUAUGACUUCAAAUCCUACUGGAGGGUCCAUUCAGGAAACUACACCACUCUGCCUCAGUACUUCAAAUCCAGAGGCUACUUCACCAUGUCGGUGGGCAAAGUUUUUCAUCCAGGCAUCGCCUCCAACUACUCCGAUGACUACCCAUACAGCUGGUCCAUCCCUGCAUACCACCCGGCUUCAUUUCAGUUCGAGAAGAAAAAGAUGUGUAAAGGAGAGGACGGUAACCUCCACGCCAACCUGCUGUGUGCGGUGAACGUGACGGAGCAGCCCGGGGGAACCCUGCCGGACCUGGAGAGCACAGACGAGGCAGUGAGGCUACUGAAGAGCCGGGCCGCCGCCGACGUGCCGUUCUUCUUAGCCGUGGGCCUUCACAAACCGCACAUACCCUUCAGGAUACCACAGGAGUACCUGAGCCUAUAUCCCAUUAAAGAAAUGACCCUGGCCCCUGACCCCAGUGUCCCGAAAUCCCUUCCCCCUGUGGCCUACAACCCAUGGACAGACGUGAGGAAGAGGGACGAUGUCCAAAAGUUGAACAUUAGCUUUCCUUACGGACCGAUUCCUAAAGACUUCCAGCUGCAGAUCCGUCAGCACUACUAUGCCGCUGUGUCGUACGUUGAUGCUCAGGUGGGACGGCUGCUCAGCACCCUUGACAAUCUCGGGCUGGCUGACAAAACAAUGGUGGUGUUCACCUCGGAUCACGGUUGGUCAUUAGGAGAACACGGUGAAUGGGCUAAAUACUCUAAUUUUGAUGUGGCGACACGCGUCCCUCUCAUCUUUUACGUUCCCGAUGUCGGCACACGCCGCGGCCGGCUGGGAGAGUCGACUUUCCCCUUUAUUGACGUCUUAACGAAAUCAGAGUACAGCUUCAAGAAUGACAGAGUUAGACAAAACGUGGUGGAGUUGGUGGAUCUUUUUCCUACAGUCUCCUACAUGGCCGGCCUCAGAGCACCUAAACCUUGUCCGGAUGUUUCUUAUCAGGAGGAGCUGUGCACAGAGGGAGACAACCUGGCCUACACUUUCAGACACCGGGAAAGAGGAGAGGACGAGGAAGCGGUAUCUUUCAGCCAGUACCCUCGACCUGCUGAUACACCACAGGAGAACUCUGACCUCCCGGACCUGAGAGACAUAAAGGUCAUGGGUUACUCUCUACGCACCUGGGACUACAGGUACACACUCUGGCUGGGAUUCAACCCUCAAACAUUUCAGGUGAACGUAUCUGACGUCCACGCUGGAGAGUUGUACAUGUUGGCCGACGACCCCGGGCAGGACAAGAACGUCUACAGUGACUCCGACCACAGUGUGUUGAUGAAGAAGAUGACCCCCCUGCCUCACACUGUGACUCUGCAGACGAGAAUGAAGCUGCAGCUCCUCUACCUCACAGCAGGGAUGAAGGCGAACAGAGGGAAGGCGUGAUGACGAGAAUAAACUACGACAGAUGGGACGCACGGGGACGAGUGCAAACGGAAGACGGAUUGGAUGUGAAACUUUAUCUACAAAAGGGAAAAUGCAUCGGAUAUUUGUUUCAACUCAAUACGUACGCAAUUCUGAAAUCCCGGGCAUCUCCAUUAAUCGUUAAAGCUCAGUUCUUCGGGCUAAUGUUCCAUGUCGAGAACUUGCUGGUGAAGGACCUGGAUUCAACACAUGAGAGAAGUGUACAAAAAGCAUAUGGGCUGUUAGUUUGAAGACAUUUCAGCUUUUAAAAAAGUUUGUUUAGCAAAGAAAUCAUGACCAUUUUGAAAAAGAGAAACAUCCAUACGUGAGCAGAAACUUUUCCUUUAAACUCCUAGUGCCAUUCACGUGAGUAAGUACUCGCUUGUGUCCCACCACAAAAAUGUCUGAGUAGCUGAUGGCAAAACUCCCGAUUGUCCGUGACUUCACUACCUCCUCUGUGAGAAUUAUUGCAUCAAUUCUUGACACGUCUCCUCAUCUGAAGGAAUUUUGAAGAAGCCUGAAGAAUUGGCUCUUUUGAUUAAUGGCGAGCACCAAUUUCCCGUUUUUGGAACAAGUGUUCUUCGGCGUAUUGAUCGUCCGCUUCAGGUGUGGCAUCCACUUUGAAGUACAGCCGCCGAAAGGGACUUGAAUAGUUUUGUACUGUAGUGUUAAACAAAAUGACAUUUCUUUUUUGCACUCGACCUCCCUCGCAGCUGUUUGCCUCUCUCCUUGUAAACAGUCGGUUCAGAUCAAUUUGCGGUCUUGAAAUGAAGUGAGCAAGGGCCACCCGUAAUAAUUCCAUGCAAAUGAAACCGGGCAUUUUACCGCCGUUCCCAUGCGGGAACAUUUUGUGCCAUGGAAAUUUGGAAGAAGGCAAUUUCGGCUUGAAUUUCGGGUUCAGCAAUGAAUCAGAAAGGGAUUUGGUUUGACAACUUUCAUUGCAGGCCACACUGUCCUGGUGUUAACGGGGAAACGGUUGAAUCGUGAUAUCAGCGGGGCCUCUUAUCAUGUCAGGAUGUGGUGGGGGGAAGAAAAAAACCCCCCUCAAGAUUGAUAUGACUUGGCUCAUUUCUGCCUCGUUUCCUCUCAUCAGACGGUGCAAACCGAGGUUGAUCUUGCGUUUGUGACAUUUUGUCCAGGGGUUUGCUGGUGUCCCCCCCCCCAAUGUCCUGUCACAUAAUAAUAUAUGUAAUGUACAAAAUGCUGUAGAAAUUAUUAAAAAAUUCUUGAGCUUGGCAAGAACACAAGUUAUUAUAUUCAUGUCAGUUUGGAUUGGUUGAUUGGUGAAGUGAAAUAAAAUAUUUUUGUAGAACGCAA